UGACUGGCAGACUUGUUUUCAAACAGUGGUCGAAGCUGGUGAGGGCAUAGCUACUUCGUAUAUGUACGCGUGAACGCGACUCCCUUCUUCGAAAUGAAAAAAUUGCGGCGAAGAGAUUAUCGUGUGAAUCAUGGACGAAAAUACUUGUAAAAUUAUCGUUCAGCCUCGAUGACCCAAACUCAUAUUAAUCGCGCGUGAAAUUAAUCCUCGCGAUUAAAUGACAUAUAAUUGGUUCUUGCGAUCAAAUAUUAUUUGUGUAAUUAUCAACAAAGUGUAAAUUUUUCAGUGAAAUGUGAGGUGAAUGGAAAAAACGAUGUACGUUAUUGUAUGGAAGCGAGUCGCAGAGAAAAUAUCGUGAAUUCUCUUUCUAUCCUGAUCUGAAAAAUUCAUCGAAUAAAAUCUUGAAACAUGCAACAAUUUUUAGAACAUUUUUCAAAGAUACGUACUUAAUAAAAACAUAAAGAAGUUACAGUAACUCUGUCUAACUGCAUUUCUUACAAGAUAAGGAUCGGCGAAAUUGUGCGAAAAAAUUAUCGUCUUCUUAUACAAGAAGAAAAAAGCAUAAUUAUCUAGCAUUAACUGUUUAAAAUCAAUGAUCGAGCGGAAAAAUCUUUUUAUUUGGAAGAAUACUUGAUAUCUUUGAAAGGCUGAAAUAUUCAACAAGCUCAAAGCUGUAUUAUUCACGUUAAGAACCAUCAACGAAAUUCAACGAAAUAAAUUGAGCUUCAAGAAGUUUGUGUAUCGUGGAAGCAAUUAUAAAUCGCUGAUUCGAUAUGGAUCAAUAUUAGCGAUUUUUUACCAGCGCUUCAAUUUUGAUCAUUUUGGAGGACCGGAAAAUAAUAGGCUUGAAGUUCAAGGACCAUCUCACGCCUUAUGACAAAAUAGCAUGAUGAUCGUGCGUUACGACGCAUGUUUGUGCUCGUGGGCAGCAAAAUCAUUUAAUCGAUAAAAGAAUCGUGACACGUAUAUACGCACUUGUCGACCGACUUUGUGAACUUUCGCCCUCCAAACGGAAAUAGUACGGGAAAAGUAAGCACAGAGAUCUAUAAUGAAAUAUUUUGCUCGCUGCACUCUGCAUUUCUGACAAAUAAUAUUUUGUCGCGAGAACAAAAAGCUAUUACGAACAAUCGAUUCUUAGCGCGAAACGAGUAUAGUCCACUGAUCUCUCGGCUUGUUGUUUUCCUCAAGCGAGACGGCGAUUAAUCUUUUACGAAGCUACUAUAGCCGCACGCUCUACGAUAGUAAUGAAAUGCCGACAUGAAGUCGCCUAGCUUUUUAUAUAAUGUGCUUGCAGAGAGAGAGAGAAAGUGAAAUAUAUAAUAUAUAAUAUACGCAACAUUCGACUUUAUGAAGACGGGACUAUCAAAUUCGGAGUAAAUUAAUUCUCGAGCGUUAUAAUACGUCGAUAAGAGAAUAAACAUCAAAAUUUCGGCGGACGAAAUAAUUCUUCGACAAGUUCGCGUUGAUAAUAUUUCUGUGAGCGGAGAGGGACUAAAAUUUGCACGAAUUGGAAAAAUAAAACACAGAGAAUUUUAUAAAACGGCACAGGUAUAUUUGGAUAAAUCUAAAUCGCAAAGUGUCACGCGAGAUGGGCCGGAAACAGAAGCGUCGCCUGAUACCGGAACAGGAUCGCAGGAUUUGCGGCAGCAUAUGCUUCUUCCAGUUCACCUUUGUCAUCAGUUGCGUGGCCUUGGUUUACCUCAGCGUGGCGAUCUACGCGCCGUCGUACAAAGCUUUUCACAUCGGCAUCGAGCCGGAACCGGUGAUGUGCCAAACCGUUAAUGCUACGAUGGUGAAUAAUUGCGGCUGGGCGAGUUGCGGCGAAUGGUGCUUGACGAAAACCAGUGGCUUUUGUGCUCAGCUUCACGCGACCGUGAGACGUAACGGCACCGAUGUGGUUUUCGAAAACUGCACCAAGUUUGACACAAUCGCAUGUCCUAAGGUAAACAUGGGGAGCAUGAAGAAGUACAACUGCAACAAUGGCAGCGAGUGCAGUAUGUUGACGGGCGUGUUCAACUGCAGCCUGGGACAUUGUUCGAACAUGAGCGAGCUGAUGCUCUGUCAUGUUAAGGCCGACGGUAUUGCCAUCGACAGCGAGAAGGACAAUAUGAAGCUGAAUGGCUUCUUUAGCUGUCAGAACUCUAGAUGCACGAAGAUCAAAACCGCCUUCACCUGCGACAGAUACUGUCCAAACAUCUCCACCAGCGAUAUCAACGUUUAUCUGAUGCAGGACAACAGCAUCAUCUCCGCGAGAUGUUCCCACGGGAUGGCCUUGAACAGAGCAAACGGUAGUCUGCCUGGUACCAGACUGGACGAGCCCGUUAAGAUCUGGGAUGAGCAGAACGGCAGCAUCAUCGCCAGCUGCUUCGCCGUUACGAAGAAUGAAAACGUCAUCAGAACGGAGGAUUGCGUGAACGGCACUUUACUGAACGAGAUCAAGAUUCCCCAACCGUCCAUUAACUUCACGAGCUUCUUGAAAAUCUACGAGAGGAGCUUGCAGUAUCCGGCGGAUCCCACAAACGCCUAUGUCCCGGCGCAAAAAUCUCUGACGAUCUAUAAUAGCUCACGAUUGUACAUCAAUCUCGAGCGUUGCGUCAAUACCCUGAGGGGCGAGUGCAGACAAUUUCUCCUCACUCACGGACGAGAUGGUGACAAUCAGACCGCGCAGAGCAGAUACCCCUGCUAUUAUAACAAGAACAACUCGUUCUUCGUGGUGGCGCGUUUCGAUCUGAAAAAGACGCGAAUGGAACUGCUAAUCGCCAUAAUCGUGCCGGCUGGACUCUUCGUCAUCAGCGUGAUCACUCUAAUUAUCAUUUCGCGAUCGGUGAAGGUGGGGGAUGACGCCAAGAUGCGAUGCAGAUAUUGCGUCGACAAGCAAGAGGUCGAGGGCGAAGAUGAGGGACUCAUGGAAGCGAUGUCCUCCGCCACUCAAAGCCAGAGUAAUGAAAAUGAAAUCAGAAGUAUGUCCCUUUAGCAGUACGCGCCGCUUAGUAUGAGCGCUACGCUGGACUAUGAAAGGCUACCACUGAUCGACAUGGAUGAAGCUGAGGAUUCCUUUUAGAAAAGGAACGAUAUCCGGCUUUUAAAGGUUCGUCGUGUUGAAUAGAUUCAUCCCUAUCGUGAGAGAAAUAAAUUUUAAAAGUAAGAUCUUCGAGUACGAGGUGAAUUGAGUUCUCAGAUGGACAUUAACGUCGUCUUCCGCAAUGAGGUAAUUAACUUUUCUAUAGUUGCAAUUGUUAUUGAUAAUGUAUAUGCAAUGGUACGAAUAAUAUGUGAUUGCGACGUUAUGUUCGAAAUGGAGUUAAAUUCAAAGUGAUCUCUCUGCCAAUGCAAUUCAUCGAAAGUAACUCAUCUGGGGGGUCCAAGUUAAUUAUAUUAAACUUCUUAGAGUUAUACAAUACAUCGGUCAAAUAAAUAUAUAUGUAUAUAUAUUUAUACGUUCACUGUUGCCUUCAAUGUAUCGUUAAGCUUUGCGCGCAAAACAAAGUGAUUGAAACUAAUUGAUAUUAAUCGCUGAUACAUUAAUAUUAAGAUUUUGCCUCCAAAUAUAUCAAGGGAACAUUAAGGGAAUAAAAUAAAUAUAUAAUAUAGAAAAUUGUAGUAUAACUGUCUAAUGCCGCCGUGUUUCAAUAAAUAACAUGUGCAAUGACAAGAAUCAGGUGGCGUUCAAUAACUGUUUCCCCGCGAUAUGUAUGAAUAAAGUGAAAAAUCAAUAAUUUCUUAAUCAACGAAGACAAAAUAAAAAGAGAAAUAAAUAAAUAAACGCCGAAAUAUAUUUAAGUUAAAUAAAUAAAUAAAAUUAAUUAAAGUAAAAUUAACCUAAAAUCAACAAGCUUCUUUAAUGUACAAAAUAGAUGUAGGCCAACGAUGACUCGACGCUCGUUUAAUUCGCCUAUCAACGAACAUGCGCAUUUAUAUCUUUUCUAUAUCUAUUUAUCGUGCUAUUGUAGUUAACCGUAGAGAAUCGUAAUUAGAUAUUUCUGAUAUCGCCGGCGAAAACAUUUCAUGUAAUGCCCUGUCUCUGAAUAUAUUGAUUAAUACCGAUAUAUGAAAAUUCCCGAGUAUUAUACGACUGCCUAAAUUAAUUGUACAGUACAUUAUAUAUCACAUAAUUGCGAUGCAUAUUAUGCAUGAAUAUCUGUAUUUUGCGAUGUAAAUAUGUACAUGUGCUUUUAGAAAGUGAAACAUUUAUAUAUCCACUAAUCCGUAUAAUCGAUAUUACUCGAGUUCUCGUGCUAGUUUAUUAACAUAUGUUUAAAGUCAAUCAAAAAUGAUUCGUCAUAAAAUGAACAUUCAAAGUACUAAAAAUUAACAUAAAUAUGCAUAAAAAGUCACACCUCAUCGAUUUAAUCGCGACUUAGAUAUGUUGUAGGGAAGAGUGUUCUAAAUAAUUCUCCACAAUAAUCAAGUGGCGGAUGGCAUUGGUUUAGGAGAUAUAAUAAAUUAAAGUUUCAUAGUUUUAAUGCUUUUUCUUAGGUAUUAUAAAGUAACAUUAUAGGAAAAGUUGAGUUUUGUUGAGUUUGUACGUUGUAUUUGUUGUAGACAUAGAAAAAGUGUUUGUUUACAUUUACGGGAUAGGUACAUGGUCAUAGAUAUUUCGUCAAUAAUCGGUUUCACCUAUUUCUCGCAGUUCUUUAACAGCUUUCAACAUGCGACUACAUGAAUUUCUGAGUCUUGUCUUGAAAAAUAUUAGUUAUUGAAUGCAUUGUCAGGGGAGGGACCCCUUCGGAGCUCCCCCGACCACGCAUAAAUGUUGUAAAUAGCCUUUUUUAAUCAAAAAAUAACAAAGUAUUACAGCAUACAUCAACUUUAAUGUCAAACUUCAAUUUGUUAUAUCUUCUAAACCAAUGCCGUCCGUCACUUGAUUCUUGCGGGGAAUUAUUCAUAAUAUUUUCCUCUACAACAUACUUAAGUGGCGAUUAAAUCGGUAAAGUGUGACCUUUUAUGCAUAUUUACCAAAAUUAAAAAGAAUACAUAGAUGUAUUAAUUAAAAAUAUAAACUUUAAAAAUAAUUUUUUAAGAAAC